CAUUUGCGUCGCUUUGGAAGGGCGGUCGCGUAAGCUACGGGCCACGUGCAACUCGACAACUUGCGCUUAGUUCUUCACGAACUGUGUGGGAGGCUAGUACGCUACAUGAAUUAUACGCUCGAAUGUCAUGCGCUUUAGAGAGCGCACUGCGAAAAAGCGUUUUUCGCCCGCGUCCGAAUCAUGCGUGUGUGAGUGUUGAGGCCACGUGAUUUUGACAGUAGCAACCUUUUUAAUGCCGGUUAUUUGUGUAUUAACAACGGAGCUAUGUAUAGCACAUAAUAGGCGACAGUGAAAGUGUUUUAUUUUGCUGAUAACGAACGAAUACGAUAUUCUGAAGCAAUGACCGUUUGAAUUAGAAGAUAUCGCGAUCUGGGUGACUGAAUUUUUUCGGCGCAAUCAAAAACGAUGGAGUUUCUACGGAGCCUUUGGUGGAUUAUAUUCUUCAGUUCGACGACUUGCUCAGCCAACGAAGGACUAUUUGGAUCGAAAUUUCCAAACGACAUACCUGAGUACGAUUUGCUGCGAGCUAUCGGCGUGCCUUUCAGUAAUCCGAAGACGCAGUACUUCGAUGAGGGUCUCGACGGAUUUCCUGCGUACGGCCUCAAACCGGGUUCAGAUAUCAAGUCGCCGUAUCGUCUUUUCAUGCCCGAAAAGUUGUAUGCCGAAUUCUCGAUAACUGCAACCGUUAGACCGGCCAACAAAGAUGGCGGCUUCCUCUUUUCCGUUGUUAACCCUUUAGAAACCGUUGUACAACUUGGCGUUCAACUAAUACCGUCAGGGCCCGGACUGACUAAUAUAUCUUUGCUAUACACGGACGCGAAUGUGUACGCUUUGUCACAGACUAUAGCUUCAUUUGUAGUACCAUCGUUCGCAAAGAAAUGGAGUAGAUUCGGUAUGAAAGUGACCACAGAUAAUGUAACAUUGUUUUUAAAUUGUCACGAAUUUGACACAUUGGCGGUAAAGAGGAGCCCGCUAGAAUUGGUCUUUGAUUCGGCUUCGACUUUGUAUGUGGGACAAGCUGGGCCUUUGAUCCGGGGAGCUUUUCAUGGAGCAUUUCAAGAGCUCAAGCUGUACGGAUCAUCUUCGCAGGCUGAAGUACAAUGUGUCACUACAUUCGAGGAGAUCGGUAACGGCAGCGGUGGAGACGAAAUUGACAUUGACAAUUUUUUGGUGGACCAAGAGGAGGGGGAUGCCGAGGGGUCCGGUCGUUAUGGCACCAUGCCUCCGCCCUUCCCGCCCCUGCCGCCGGGACUUGACGGAUAUUCACCGCGUAUGAGAGGAGAAAAAGGAGAUCGCGGACCAAGGGGUCCGCCUGGAGAAUCAAUCCGAGGUCCGCCCGGACCUCCAGGACCUCCCGGCCAGCCAGGAACCCCAGGGACAGUACCAGUUCACGAGUUUUCAGGGUCAGGAGACGGCAAGACGGAAGUUAAGCAAAUCUUCGGAGAGCAUUACGCGUCGCUGGGCCAGUGCGGGUGCAACGCGACCAUCAUACUCUCCCUGUUAGAGAAGGCUCCAGAACUUCGAGGUCCGCCCGGACCUCCUGGCGUGAUGGGUAUCGAAGGCAGGAUCGGUGCGCCCGGUAUUGCAGGUCAACCGGGUGUGCCUGGUGAACGAGGUCCAGCGGGACUACGAGGGGAGAAAGGGGAAAGAGGGGAUGUUGGACCACGUGGUCCUGAGGGACAACCUGGUCCUAAAGGGGAGCCGGGAGUGGACGGGAGAACGGGUAGCCCCGGUCAACCAGGCCCGCCUGGUCCCCCUGGACCUUCAGACUAUAGUAAUUUCGAGUCUAAUUGGAAACCGAGACAUAUUUAUAAGGAAUCGUUGAUGGGAUCAUAUGGCGGAGUUCUUGGGAGACCAGGUGCGCCGGGGCCUAAAGGAGAUGCGGGUCAACCAGGUCCAAUGGGUUUACAAGGAGAAAGGGGCUUCACCGGACCCAAAGGUGAAAGAGGACAACCAGGUCAAAACGGAGCCAAAGGAGACCGUGGGCACUCUGGCCCUCAAGGUGAUCGAGGGCCCAAAGGUGAACGUGGUAAUCCAGGUCUUGACGGCCGUCCGGGUUUACCUGGAGCAAAUGGGCGGUCUGCUGACAAAGGGGAAAAAGGUGAAAGAGGUUUACCCGGCCCACCUGGCCCACCCGCGCCGCCUGUUGAUGGUUUAACUGGACACAGCGAACUUUUAUUUACUGGGCAACGGGAAUUACAGCUAGAAAAAGGUGUAAAAGGUGAAAAGGGCGAAAAAGGGGUUCAAGGCAACGAUGGAACUCCUGGGUUUCCAGGAAAAGAUGGAAAGUCUGGAGAACGAGGGGACAUUGGACCAUCCGGGAUGCCGGGAGUUUCCGGUCCUCCAGGUGUACCCGGUCUGAAGGGAGAUAAAGGAGAGAGAGGACCUCCGGGGCCAGUCAGCGUCACAACAUCAGGAUCCGACAUUUUAACUAUAAAGGGUGACAAAGGAGAGCCUGGCAUACGUGGAAGGAGGGGAAGGCCGGGCCCUCCCGGGUCUCGAGGACUUCAAGGUAUUCAAGGCCCUCCCGGAACCCCGGGACGGAUAGGCGAAAAAGGAGAAGUCGGUCUUCCUGGAUGGAUGGGACGACCAGGUACACUAGGUCCUCCAGGUACACCAGGUACUGUUGGACCCAAGGGUGAAAAAGGAGAUCCUGGAGUCAACAUUCUCGACGUGUCAAUGUUUAAAGGCGAAAAAGGCGAUCGAGGUCUAGACGGAACGCCAGGUACGAAAGGUGAUCAAGGACUGCCAGGUCCCCCUGGAACUUCAGUAUUGAGAUCCGAAGCCGCGCAGUACUUGCCUGGUCCUCCAGGACCGCCAGGACCACCAGGACCACCGGGCUCACCGGGCGUGUCUAUCGUAGGACCAAAGGGCGAACCAGGUCAAAGCUACUACGAGGAAUAUCCCACACACGGCAGCACCAAAUUUUAUGGGAAACCGAGUUUUGGUACAACGGAAUCGAGAAGUCAUCAUGAAGACAAUACUCCGAAACCCGCUCCGUCAGUACCCAGUGCUGCUGUGUUCCAAACUACUGAAGAAAUGAUGAGACUGGCAUCAACAAGUCCAGUAGGUGCAUUGGCUUAUGUUGCUGAAGAACAAGCUCUCUUCGUCAAAGUUAACUCCGGAUGGCAAUACGUUCUGCUCGGUUCACUGGUGACGCAAUCGGCACCAUCGCCGCCCGCGCCGACGACGCCAACGCAUCUACUACCAGCUGCGAGUUUAGUCCACUUGCCUAUUCUCACUAACUUAGUUGAGAAUUCAGCUCCUGCGACAACACUAGGACCCACUUUGCGACUGGCGGCUCUUAAUGAGCCUCUGUCGGGUGACAUGCAUGGCGUGCGACGUGCGGACUACGCCUGCUAUAGACAAGCUCGUAGAGCAGGAUUCAAGGGUACAUUCAAAGCUCUACUCACCAGCAGAAUCCAAAACCUUGACUCAACGGUGCGUUACUCCGACCGUCACUUGCCUGUGGUGAACACGCGCGGCGAGUUACUGUUCAAGUCUUUCGCUGAUAUCUUCGACGGCAGCGGAGGUCUCAUGUCAGGUGCUCCCAGGAUAUACAGCUUCAACGACAAGAACGUCAUGGCCGACUCUAACUGGCCACAGAAGUUCAUAUGGCACGGGUCAUACGUGAAUGGGGAACGCGCGAUGGAGACAUUCUGCGACGAGUGGCAGAGCAACGACCCUAAGUCGCGCGGCAUGGCGGCUUCCCUCUACUCCCACAAGCUACUCAAUCAAGAAAGGUACACGUGCAAUAAUCAUUUUGCAGUGUUAUGUAUUGAAGCAACAUCACACGUCAGUAACAGAAGAAAACGAGACACACGAAGAUACAACAGCACGAGUUUAAUAGAUGACGAGGAUUAUCUUUACAAUGCUGAAGAGUACCAGCAAUUAUUGAACGACAUUUUUGCUCAACCCUAUAGAGAAAUUUGAAACUAGAAACAUAUGUGUUUAUUUCUGGCCUAAAUAUGUCAUUUGUUGCUUGAACAGGAAUUUAAAAACCCUUAUAAUACUGUGGCAAAAUGUGGAACUUCCUUUGCGCAUGUAGAAAGUUGUGUAAUAAAAAAGACGAUUGAAGCGCCCCAAGACAAUGUUAUACUUUUAUUAGGCAAAAUUUAUUAUCAUACGAAAAAAUGUUUUCAACCUAACAGAUGAUACGUAAAUUAUGAGAUUAAUUGAGUUACUAAGCUUAGUGUUCAAUCGAGAUUCCUAUUAAAGUAAAAUUUACGAUACUCAGAGUUUGGAGUAAAAAUGUGUCAUCGUAGAUGCUUGUAUGUUUUUAUAUAAAUUAAUACAUACUUAGUUGGAUGAUAUUAAAGCAUAGUAUUUCGGAAUUGGUUGUAAUUAGUUGAUGAAUGCGAUCGAAUUUCUUGUGAUAUUUAUUCCAAGAAUUUAAUUUGAGACUGUAAAUAUUGCUUUUACAUUUGAUAUAGCUUAGUUAAUUUAAGAUUUAUUUGUGUAAUAACGUCAUUUGUACGGGGAUUUACGAAGCGUCUUAAUAAAAAGCAAUAAAGUGUUAAUAGUAGAUGCAAUAUUGGAAAUGACUUUAAAUGUAAAAAAUUGACGGUCAUCGCCCACGUGGUCCAGAUUUCCACGAAUAUUUUACAAAAUAACCCUAAAUUAUAACGUUAAUAUAAAAUCAUUUUUGUUGAUUACCAUAAUAUUCUCUGAAGCUUAACCAAGUCAUUUUUAUUUUUAAUUUUAACAAUGUAUUGUGUAUAAUAAAUGUGUUCUUGAAUGGAUUUUUUGUUAGCAACAACAACAACAACUCCUAAUUUUAUUAUAAUUUUAAAGUUUUGGAAUAAUAUACUUGUUAAUAAUAUGAGUAAAGUUUCCCACGUAUUUAAAAAUGUUUAAUUAUUACUUUAGUUUUUAUAACAGACGACUAUGUUGCCUAAAAUUAUUGUUAUACUCGUAUAAAAUAUCACUAGAUAACUAUACUAUUUUUAUUUAGUUUCUGGAAAUUUAAAGUAAGUGUAAUUUAUUAUUCAUAUCUUUCGGUGUGCAUGAUUAGUAGUGGUUUGAACAUCACAAAAUGGAAUAAAUACUUCUGUGAGUCUGAGCUGAUAAUUAAGGGAAACAUGCUAAAAUCCUUAAGAACUUUUCAAAUAACAGUAUUUACGAUUGAUUAUUGAGAUUGUAUCCUCAAGUAUAUUUAUUUGAACUCUAUGAAAUUCUAUACAAGAUUUUUAAAAUUGAUUUUGCUAAAAUGUUCCUGUAGGAGUACCAAAUACUAAUUCUACAAGUAUCAAAUUACCAGUAAACAAUCACAAUACUGGAUCCGCCAUUGUGAUUAAACGAUUUUUCAUAUAUAUGUUAACAGAUUAAACGUGCCAUGUGGGUUUAUUGCAAACAAUAUAUUCAAGUCUGAUUUUUUUGCUAGAAAUCAGUGUUCUUGAUACUUUAUAAAUAGCUAUAUUAUUAAGUACUUACAAGUAGAAAUAUUAAAUAUAUUUACCACUAGUUGUUCAUACUUCUAUGUUAAAUUAACUAGUCUUUUUUUAUUAGACAAAUGUAUCCGUUUGUAAAAGUAACUUAAAAUAUUGUUAAACCAAAGAACAAAAUUUUCCGACAUUGUUUAUAAUUAUGGUGAAAUUGGACUGUUUUAUAUUAAGUAGACAUUAUUAUUAUGAAACAUGACAUACCAAUCAGCAUUUACGAAAAUGUAUUUUAGUAUUUUAAGCUUUUGACAUCAAGAAAUCAUUGUAUUGAAACUACCGACAUAUUUAUACGAUUUAAUAGAAUAAAUGUUUUGAUGACAA